AUGCAGCCCCCCGCUGUCAAAAUCGUCCUCCAAAACAUCCUCAACUCCAAAAACCCAUCUUCAGAAUUCCCGCAGCCGGUGUUACAAGUCACGAACGCAAGUCUAGUCUACAGCGGCAACAACAACGUUGACCACCAGUUGAAAGACUACACCACCACCACCGCCACCACUCCGGCCCAGACCCAGAAUGAGCCCGAGGAAGCUAAGGAUAAAUCCGCAGCAAAGUUACGAUUAUCAGACACAGCCCAUUGGACGCAUGGUAUUGCUUUCCCGCCCUCCCCCCUCCUCCGCUCGGUACAAGUUAACCUUUCAAUCAAUCACUACCAGCACUCCUCCAGGACAAAGACCUACAUGACCUCGUCUCCAGCAACAAACUGUGCAAGGGCCACAUUGUGCGGCUGACAAACUACGAGGUUAUCAAGCAGGCUCGACAACCCAAAGCUGAGGAUGGAGAUGAGGCUUGGUCCUCACCGCCGGGUAAACGGCGGUGUAGGAGUCCGGUUGGGAAUGGAUUUAACGUUGUUAGGCCGACGUUUGGGAGCGGGGAGACGGAGUUGCCGUAUGCUUUUUUUCCUUUGUGGGUGAGUGGGUGAGUGGGCGCUAAUUUGGCGAUCCACGGCAGGAGUAGUUGUCUCUUGAUACGUGGGCUGGUGAUCCUCUCACCGGGGAAGAGGAAAGAGAGGGAGGAUGAGGAGGUGAAGAAGGAAAUGGUGAAGAGUGAGGUUAAGAUUCCGAUUGUGCCACCUCCGGCGAUAGUCUUGAAGCCUUUGCCGCAGCGGGCUGGUGCGAACUGCCUUGAAACUUUGAGCUACCCGCGAACUAGGGACUGACGAUUAGUGGGUUAGUUUCGGGGGUGUUAUCGCCUUCACGAUUUCUGUCACAGAAAAAGGCCUCCAAUAAUAGAGAUCCGGAUCUCACCUCCAGCUCUGCAACCGACCAUGUUCCUACGAUUCCGGGCAUUCCCCGGAAUAGCUCGAUCUCGUGGGCAGACCGACGAAUGACAUUUGGUGGACUGGAAACAGCAACACACGGAACAAGAGCUUGUAUACAACCCCCCUCCCUUUCUCCUUACCUCUCACCUAUGCAUAUACAUAUCUAACACUCCCAUAGCAUUCCUUGCAGUCCUCCUCUGUCGCCGUCAUCCGUACGACAACAAAUCCCUGGAUGGGUCAAAACAAGACUGGUACCUCUGGGACCCCACCAGCAAACUCCUCCCCCCUUCCCCCUCUACCACCACCCCCCCUCAUCUUCCCCACCGCCGUCGCAAAACGAUCCUAAGCGUCUGGCGCGACCACUCCAAAUUCCAACCCACCCCGGGAACCAUACUCGCCCUGCGUAACCUCACAAUAGACAAACACUGGAAUGAUACCCUGGCCGACCAGAACUGGAGAGAGAUCCUCGACGACAAGCACUGGGAUGAGCGCAUCGGCCCGCCAGUCAAGAUGGCGAAGGUCGGCCGCGCCACGGGGCAUGGAAACAUCAACGCCUUCCCGACGACCCCCGCGGAGUGGUUCCUGCUGGAUGCGGGUGGCGUGGAGGGCUACAGAUCUGUGAAGGAGUGGUGGGAAGGGGUUGGGAGGAGGGAGUGGGAGUCUGAGGUUAGGGCUGAUGAGAGGUUGAAGAGAGAGAUUGGAGCGAGGAGGGAAAUCAUGAGGAGGGAGAGGGAUGCGGUACUAGCGAGGCAGGGGACCGGCGGUGGAGGGGAGGGGCUUAAGAGGAAGAGGGAAGCCGAAGAGGAUUACUCCGGAAUGGACGAUUUGGAAACCGAAAGGCUGAUGAUGGAGGAAUUAAGGAGAGAUGGAAAUUUCGGUAACGGGUAG